AUGUCGUGGGGGUCCGAAAAAAGACACCACAGUCUGGGGAAUCGUAUGACCGACCCGCUGAGAUCAAGCUCAGCGGCACCACUAGCGCCGUCGUAUUCGUACACACUCGCCGCGACGCAGCCGCAGUUGCAGCAUUGGUCCCCAGCACGCACCACAGCAACUUCUGUGGCAUCCAUCAACCCAGCCUUAAUGACGGUGGCGCAGCAGAAGGCUCGGUAUGCGCGCCUCUCUUACGCCCCGCCAACUGCUCUGCGCCAUAGUCGCCUUCAUCUAGGCUCCACAGUGGACCGCGGUGGCGUGCUUGGUGGGACACAGCACGUCAACGAGUGUCCUCGCGCCCUCACGUACCCGGCAACAUGGUCUCAGCCGUCGACAUCUACUCCCGCACAACACCACACGACUCCAAGUGCAGGAUCGGCGACUCGUGCGGCGGUCAAUAGAGAUACCAUAUUGCACCCACUGCUACCGCCGCCGCCACUCCAUCAACUGGCUCCGCCACCGUCUGAGUGGUGUCAGGCCCUUGUUGUACUUCAGGAGCGUCAGCUGCUCUGCUGGCAGCAACUCACAGAGACCCAGCAACUGAUGACUCAUCACGUUGAGCAACUACAGGAGGAAGUGCGGCGCGUGCAUGAAGUCCUGACGCACAGACUUGGCAAGCAUCCCAGGACGAAUGCAGUCAACACGAAAGCGCCGAAUCCAGACAAGCGCUCCCGCUUGGACGACAAUGGCCGUUGCGAAGCUGCCGCAUUCCCCAAGUCUGCGGCAGCUGUGCGGACUGCCAGCGCUGCAACCUCGCAGCGGAGCAUUUCAGUGCACGCGGUUCGUUUACUAGGAGAGAGCACCACCUCUACGCCUGCUCUCCCUCAGGACGCGCCAACCUGUCGGACUGUCGACCAGCCUCGAGAACUCACCGAACGGCUCCCUUCGAGGCAACCCGCAGAUCUGAGAGAAGGCAACGGUGGUGAUGGCAGUGCUGCACACUCACAAAGCACCGCUGACGCUGCUGACAGCGAGGCAGACAUCUUCAUGCUCUAA